AUGGAAAGACUUCCUACCAAGGUUGAGCUCCGUAAGCGAAAUAUCCCUCUUGAGGAUGACUUUUGUCCGAUGUGCGGUUCUGAUAUGGAGUCAGCCACCCACCUCUUUACUGCUUGCAUUUUCGCAUCGAAGGUGUGGUCGAUGAUUACUCGGUGGUGCAAAGUUCCGGAGUUGGUUGCUUUUUCGGUUAGAGACAUCUUGGAGUUCCACAACUUUUGCGGUCUAAAGGGUAGGAUGCUGGUUGCUUUUAAAGGCAUUGCGUUAAUCACGUGCUGGCAAAUAUGGAAGGCUAGGAACGAGCUAAUUUUUUCGAAUAUUAUCAGGAAGGAGGAGGAAAUUGUUAGUUUGAUUAAAUCUAUUGGGUUUCUCUGGUUUAAGAAUAGGUCCAGAUUUAAAGAUGUAACGUGGGACGAUUGGUGUAAAUUUGUAUAG